AUGGUGUACGAGCGGAUGUCCUGUAGCUGCGCAAAGAAUUUGCAACGGCGGAUCCAGCGACUGGACAAGAAUUCGUACAGCGAUCACGGAUGUAUUCCGGGCAGCGAUCGACGAUUGCGUAUGCUAUCGGUGAAUGCAUCUUUCGUUAACGUCACAAUUGGCGAUACUCAAGAGCUACCUGCGGUGGUAUUUGGGCGUUGCUAG